UAUUUUUUCUCCUUCAGAAUUUCUGAGAAGCCAAGCCACCCACACACAACAUUUUGAACCAUUUUGAUCUGCUCUUGACGACAACCUGUAUCGGCCAUUUCUGUUUUCCCGUGUGUGCAACUGUGUAGUGUGUGAAAAUGGGAAUCUCACGUGACAGUUGGCAUAAGAGGAGGCGCACCGGAGGUAAAAGGAAGCCUCUGAGGAAGAAGAGGAAGUUUGAACUUGGUCGCCCAGUCUCUAACACAAAGCUUGGCAAACGUAGAGUCCAUACGUUACGUACUCGAGGUGGAAACAGAAAGUUUAGAGCUUUAAGAUUAGACAAAGGAAACUUCUCUUGGGGUUCUGAAGGUUGCACACGCAAAACCCGAAUCGUCGAUGUAGUUUAUAAUGCCAGCAGCAACGAGUUGGUCCGUACAAAAACUCUGGUUAAGAAUUCCAUCAUCCAAAUUGACGGUACCCCAUUCAGACAGUGGUAUGAAGCACAUUACGCUUUACCUCUAGGCAGGAGGAAGACUGGAAAAUCAGGAGAAGUCGCCCAAGGUAUUUUGAAUAAGAAGCGGUCUCCGAAAGUUGCGGCUAAGUACGCCGAAAGACAGACCCGAGCAAAACUCGAACAUGCCCUUGAAGAACAGUUCCAGACUUCACGACUCCUUGCUUGUAUUUCGAGUCGACCUGGCCAGUGUGGGCGCUGUGAUGGUUAUAUUCUUGAAGGCAAAGAGCUUGAGUUUUAUCUAAGAAAAAUCAAGCAGAAGAAGAAGUAAUUUUUUAUUUGUACAUUUUUUUUAUUAUUUUUAAAACUGACAAUGAUUAAAUUGUUUAAAAACUA